AUGAGCGCCGGGACGCACGGACCAUCAUGCAUGUGCCUGCCUAUGUGCUUGUGUAUGCGUGCGUCCGUGUCCGGCGCUCACCGGUGCCACGCCUCUCCUCCACCACCCUCCGGCAGCCUGUCAAUGACGAGGAAGAUGCCAGCGCCAUCCCCCCCCCUCCGUAGAGAACUCCUCACUGGUUUGAUGGAGCCAUCACGAGGUGCUGCCAUGUCCCCCCCCCUCUUUGUCCUCCACAGAGCCGCUGGCCGUGUAGGGGAGAGUGUGCCUUGCCUGCACACUCAGUCAUGCACCGAUCCUGUAUAA